CAAUCUUUGCCUCCCUCUGCUGCUCAGUUGAACCGCUGCAGAGCUGUGUUUGUUGACCAUUCAAGGAGACCCGCAGUGUUCGCCUUGGGGAAAAUUGCAUUUCAAUAUAUAUGUAUAUAUACAUAUCCGUCCAAACGGGAGUUUUAACCCUUCUUUACUUCUAAAGGUGGACAGUGGAGCUGCAGCCCUGCAUUCGAAACAGGAAAACGAAUAUUUUACCAUGAACUCAGACAUGGAUGGUGAUGCUGAAAACCAGGUGGAGCUGGAGGAAAAGACGCGGCUUAUUAACCAGGUCCUGGAGCUCCAGCACACCCUGGAAGAUCUGUCGGCGCGUGUGGAUGCGGUGAAGGAAGAAAACCUGAAGCUCAAGUCUGAAAACCAGGUUCUCGGACAGUACAUCGAAAACCUCAUGUCUGCAUCUAGUGUCUUCCAGACAACUGACACAAAAAGCAAACGGAAGUAAGGGACCGAUCCCCUCCCCCACCCUUAACGUCAUUGUUUACAUUCUUUUCCUGUCAUUAAAAUGCACAUUAAGGUUUAUUCAGAACACUUUUUUUUAAGAUUAUUUCAGUUUAUUAUAAUUUUUCUUAAUCCCUAAAUUUAGCAUGCACCCUUUAAUGUACAGGUAAGGAAAUCCCAAAGAUACACAAGUAGCCCUUUUGCUCAUUGUGAACAUGCUUCUCCCCCAACAUGUGUACACAUUUUUUAGGACAACUUUUUAUCUUCCAUCUGGAAACAGCAUAGGUUUUACACAGGGAUAUUUUUGGGGAGGUUGAUGGGAUUUCCAAAAUGUUAAACUGUACACUUAAAACCAGUCCCUUGUAACUAUAGCAUAAAUAAAUAGAAAUGUUUGUUUUUACUAAUGCGACUGUUUGUUUAGACAGGGAUUUAAAAAAAAUCAGGCUCAGAGUUUACUGUUCAUCAUGAGCUCUUUAAAUUGUUAUAUUAAAUUGUGUGUGAAAAGACGAAGAUGUGAAGUAAUGAACGUGCUACCAGUGCCACCUAUUUUUAUUUAACAUUUUGAAUGGAUUGUGGCUGUUUUGGAAGAAUGCUUUAGUAAUGCAUUCCAGAUCCAUUAUCAACAUUAAGUAUUAAAAGCUGAGUUCUGUUUUUAAGGCCACUCAUUUCCCAGUUUAGCUGAAAGCAAAUUGGGGGGGGGGGGGGGGGGGGGACUGAAUUUGGUUUGUGAAAUGGUAUUUGUGAAAUGCAUGUAUAUGGGGGAAGUCUCAAUUUUAGUACAGAGCACCCUGGGAUGUGUAGUUCUGGAGCUGCUUUUAACAUCAAAGGCUCUUGGUGCAAUUACUACACCUUCCAUAAUGCAAAGUGUCAGAAGUAACAUUUUGCAUUGUAUGUGGGACAUACUUUAAAACAUUCAAUGUUUUAAAAGGGGACACCUUGUAUCGCUUAUCUGUCAUUAAGGCAGGUGGACUGUGUCAGCAACUUUAGUGUUCUGAUAAAGUUCAGUGCUACUUUAAAAAACAAAAAUAAUGAUAAUUUUAAAAAAAAAAGGUUUGCAAUGAAACGAAACACAUUGCGUCUUUUUUAUGAUAAAGAAAAUGACAAAUACUGAAGUGGAAAAAUCACUGAUUUUAUUAUUUUUGAUUUAAAACAGCAUCUUGUAAAAACAGUACAAAGUCUGGGCUGCUAUUUAAAUUUCAGCUAUACGGUCACUUUCACUACAGUAGAUUUUUAAACAGUAGAUUUUUAAAUCUUUUUACUGUUUCAGAACACUAAUAGUGAAAUAUUAAAAGGGUAAUUUGUUGAAAUUGUUUUUUUUAAUUUCAUAAAUAUGCUAUGAACACGUAACCUAUGCUCACACAUUCAGAGACAUUGUUGCCUUGUGUGUAGAUUGUAUACAUUGUAUUACUGUGUUGCCUUUUGGAGUUUUGUUAAUAAAUUAAUUUUGUUUUGCUUUUUGCAUGA